AUGGCUGAUAAAAAUGUGGAAAAUUCAGAAAAUCAAUUAGAAGAAUUAUAUACAUGGAUCUCGGGGAUUCCACUUUCAAAACCAACAAAGAAUUUAACUAGAGACUUUUCAGAUGCCGUAAUAAUGGCGGAAAUUCUUAAAUUAUAUUGUCCCCGUUACGUCGAUCUUCAUAAUUACGUGCCAGUUAAUAGUUUAACUGCAAAAAAAGAAAAUUGGAACAUAUUGAAUCGAAAAGUACUGAGUAAAAUUAAUAUGAAAUUGACUAAAGAUGUGAUCCAUCAGUUAGCAAACUGUCAACCUGGAACUGCUGAACACGUGUUGUUAGAAUUAAAAAAGAAAAUUUCAAAAGAUUCUGAGCAUCAGAAAUCUCAAGAUCUGACAUACAAUGACAAAGAAAAUGAUUCUAUAGAAGAGGGAAAAAUAGACGAGCACAGUAUGAAUAAUACAUUGUCAAAAAGUUUAAUGCCACCUCCUGUUAACCGAUCGACUCUCAAGUCCCUUAAUUAUCAGAGAUCAAUAUUUGUACUCGCCAAAGAGAGAUUUUACCUUGUCUUGAAGUGGCUAAUAAAUUGGCUAUGCAUCUGGAACUAUUUUCCAAGCAUAUUGCCAAACCUUCGAUUAAAAAAUCCUUUUAGAAAUUUGUUGCAGGAAAAUACCCAGGCGACUAGAGCGCAAGGAACAUCGGAGAAUAUCAAUGUGGAAGAUGCCGUUCUCGAUCCUGUUUACAUGAAAUGGAUUCAAGAAAUCCGUGAGAUGGAGGAUAUUAUCUGCUCUUUAACUCACAAGAUUACGUACCUUAAGAGCGUGAUGAAGCUGAAAGACCUGUGA